GGGAAGGUGCUCCCCUGAAGAAAUUACCCACAGGGUAUACAUUCUGUGCCCAAGGGCAGAGAGCCUGGAGUCUGCUUUCUUGUGAUCCAUGAGUGCUGAGACCAGGGUCUGUGCUCUCUUUGGUGAGUUAGGCUCCUUGGGCUGGAGUAGGGUUGUACAGGGUCAGAGGACACAGUGGUAAAAUUGCCUGCACUACAGCUCACCCAGCUGGUACCACCAGUGCUGAAGAGCAGGUAAGAAAUGUCCUUAUGUAGGCAAGGCCAUGGAUGCUAUUGGGGCCUCCUGAGUGAUGUGUGAGUCAGGAGGGAAGCUCUCUUCUGGGGCUACAAGGAUGACAGUGCUUAGCUCUUCUUUAGGUAUGUGUCAGUAUGGAUCCCACUAUAGGGGUGCAUGUAACUCAUGCAUGCAAGCUCAAUCUUUUUCUGAAUAGCAAUGUCUGCUGGGCUCCGUGUUUGCCCUGGGCAAGGGCAUAAAAGGAAAAGAGACCACAGCCCUCCCUUGGUCCCCUCUUGCCACCCAUGGCAGAGACACUAAACCAAAUGAGUGUCUGACUCAUUACUCUUUCUUGAGCUUCAAACUCACUUCAGAUUACUUUAUUCUGUGAAGGAAUUCCUCUUCACUUUCUCGUUAUUAACUUGGACUUGGACAUUAAAAAAAGGGGAAAGGAUAGGGGGAAAUCUGCCUAAAAGCUCCCGUGCACACAACCUGCACAGCACAGUGAGGCACUUCACACACGCUAUAGGUUAAAACCCUGUCCAUUGUGCGACAGUCUCAUGUCCUUAACUGAUGAGCACAACAGAUUCCAUUUCUGCCUUGGGGAAGGGCACAUCUGCAACAAGUGCUCGUUCUGCUGUUCCUUCUCAUCCAGUAUACGAACGUGAAGAGACACGAGGCUCAAGUAACAUCUCUUUGAGUGAUCCAUGAAUGAUGCAUCCAAUCCUGGAGAUGAGAGCUCCACCAAGCUGGAGUCGUUGAGGCUAUCCGCAGAAACUGCUCCACUAACCACAUACCCCUGGUUUCCGUCGGUGCGGAAGAAGUCAUCAAAAAGUGUGCCAAGACCAUUGGUAUCAGCCCCAAGAUCUCCAAGACCAGUCAUAGCACUGGCAUAGAUGGCCUUACUGCUCAACGCUUUAGCACCAACUCCAGGACAAAGAGACCCUGUACCAACAGGCUGGCACGGAUUCCAAGUGCAGCUUGGCGCAUCCAGCAGUUUUAUCCCGAAAAGAGGAUUUGAAACACUCCUCCAAAGACAAAUCUAACCCCUCCAUGACAUUGAGGGCUAGGAGCAAGGUACAGACUAUGAAGACAGCACAGGAGAUAGUUGUACUUUUACAAAUUUUGACACUGAGACUCACACCGGUACCAACAUCCGUGCCAGUCAACAACCCUUUCUGGUACCAAGAUGCACCUUAGAGGUACUGCCAUCAUCUCUGCACUUGGGACAGACACCAGCACUGGAGGCCCCAGCACCAGACAUACCCACAAUGGUACUGCUGUUCACAGAGAUGUAAUGCUCUUCACCAUAUCCAACCCAUUCCUUCUCUUCUACUUCAAGUAGGGAACCCUCUUCCAUCAGAUCAGUGUAAGGAUCUGUGGGACUAGAACCCAGGUCUGUAGAGCUCAGGGCUGCAGUUCCUACAUCAUCACCAGGGAGCCAUCCAGAGCCCCAUCCAAGGAGCAUUGUGGGGAUUAGAACUGCCCACUGGGUCCAGAGCAGCAAUACCCUGAAGCCUUUUGAUUGGCCCAUGCUCACUAUUUAACCCUAGAGGGUGCCCCAGGAAGUUGUUUAGACAACCACACAGACCUCUGGCCUGCUGCAACUCCAGACCUCCCCUAGCUUUCUGAUCUCCAGUUUCCUAACUCAGCCUGACUCUGACCUUUACUUUUGUCUGUUGAUCCCAUCUCUAGCGAUUGCUCCUAUCCCUGCUCACUGACUACUCCCUCGUGGCCAUGCUUGACUGUGUGGACACCAGUCCAGCCAUAACCGCUAGGUCAAACCACUUACGCCUCUGUCUCUUACUCUCAGAAAAGGAUCUUAGAGGGAGUUCCAGUAACAUUCCUUACCAGGCACUGAUGCAUGACUGUAGUUGACCAGUCCACUGCCAAUCUGGCCAGUACCCUUAUAAUCUGCACCUUGACCAUACUGGCCCUCCUGGAGCCAUCCACAGUCCAGGAGCAGACCCCUGUUGCAUGUGUAGAGGAAAAGGAUGACAUCUCAAUCACCACUGGGUCAAUGGCCAAGCCCUCCCCUCACCAGAACUAGGGGAAGCCCUUCAUGAGCAAGGCAAGGCAGCUUGAGAGAUGCUCCAAUUGUCCUCCCCACUAAAGGGGUCUUCAUUUUCUCCUAAUGAGGUGCUUGCUUCAGCCCAGACACCAACCAUUGUUGACUUUAGAGCCUUCCAAGACGUGCUCUCCAGGAUAGCUGAAACAUCAGCUAUUGAGAUAAGUGAUGCAAGAGAACAUGCACAAGCUGUUUGACUUUUUGAGCUCCUCAGUGCCAUCAAGGAUUGCCCUCCUGAUUUAAUGAGGGCAUACUGGAUCCAGCAAAGGGACUGUGGCAUGCCCCAGUCUCGCUUUCCCUGCUUGGAACUAAGAAGAAAAGCACUACCAAAUACUGUUCAAGAGCUUUGAACAUUUUUACAUGCAUCCAGCACCAGGGUUGCUAGUAGUAUCUGUUGUUCAGGAGAAAAGACCAGAUUCACCAAGGAACUCCUAAAGAUAAGGACCCCAGGAAAUUAGUCAGAUGGCACAUUCAUCUGCCUCCCUCCCGGUGUGUAUCAUGAACUAUAAGAUCUUGUUCAUGAAAAGAGUUUUUUAUGGGGGAAAGAGUGUGAUUGUUCCACCCCCUUCCUAUUUUGUCUCCCACAGGAAUGCAGAGAAGAGCUCAAAGAAACCAUCAGAGGUCCAGAUGAUAGCAAAAAACAGCGCUACAAGUAGCAAUGGACAAGUCUGGUAUGGUUGCUAGAUCCAUGACUAUGGCAAUCACAAUGCACCAGGAUUCCUGGUUACAGGCACCUGUUCAGCAACCAGAUAGCUGAGGCACUCCCAUUCCCUCAAAGCUUCAAGGACAGUGCUGAGGUCCCUAGGGAUCUACAUCCCUGCACCAUAUCAAAGCUCUUCCAACAUCAGACCCUGCAAAGGCAAAGAACACCAUCCUGUUGCCAGGUACCAACCAGAUACGCAUCCAGAAAGCAGGCCUGUAACUCCAGGAGCGCCUGUCAUCUUCCUCUGUCAUGCAGCAGGUUUGAUGGGGGUGUUGAGAACCACAUCAAGACCAUCCCAGAGCUGACCUUGAGAAACCACCUCACCCACUUCCAUCUGGUGUGGUCAGGAAUUAUACCAGCAAAUGAGUGCUGGGUGUGCCCCAUGUAAUUCUUUUCCUUGCCUCCUACCCACUCUCCUUCCCUGUCCAUCUUCAUGGACCCCUCACAAGAGCCUGUUACAAAAAAGUGGCCUUAUUGCUUCAUCUAGGAUCCAUAGGACAGGCUGUGGACUGGUUUCUGGCUCUUGACUUUUAGGAAAUGUACUUCCACACAGCAAUCCACCUGGGCCACAGAAGUACCUGAGAUUUACAGUAGAGACCAAUCACUGCAAGUACAAAGUAUUGCCUUUCAGGUUCUUCACAACACCAAGAGUCUACAAAAUGUGUUGCCACAAUGGUGGCACACCUAAGAGGGCAACUUUGACUAGAUGACUGGCUGAUCAGAGGCAGAUCCUAUCAGGAAGCUCUGACCAGCCUUAGUUGUGCUCUUUCCCUGUUUGCGCAGCUGGGCCUCCUGGUGAAUUACAAGAAAUUGUCUUUUAUCCCAUCACAGAUUAUAGUUUAUACGGGCCAGGAUAGAUUCCAUGACAGCAAAGGCUAACCUGCCAGAAGACAGAUUCCUCUUUUUCUAGUUAGCACUGAACAGAGUGAAAUCACAACCAGCUAUGAUGGUACAGAUUUAUCUUGCAUUAUUAGACUAUAUGUCCCUGUGAACAUACCUGAUGCUGCUUGCCAGAAUUCAUCUGAAGCCUCUACAAUUCUGGCUCAGCCAAUGAGGGCCGGAACGACUACCACCCCAUGUUCUUUACCCAUGACCGAGCAUUUGAGGAGCUCUUUGCCAUCUGCAUCCAGCUGCUAAACAAGACCUGGAAGGAGAUGAGAGCAACGGCAGAGGAUUUCAACAAGGUGAUGCAGGUUGUACGUGAGCAGAUCACCCGGGCUCUGCCCUCCAAACCCAACUCCUUGGACCAGUUCAAGAGCAAGCUGCGCAGCCUAAGCUACUCUGAGAUCCUGCGACUGCGCCAGUCGGAGAGAAUGAGCCAAGAUGACUUUCAGUCACCACCCAUUGUGGAGCUGAGAGAGAAAAUCCAGCCUGAGAUCCUGGAGCUGAUAAAACAGCAGCGUCUGAACCGGCUUUGCGAGGGAAGCAGCUUCAGAAAAAUUGGGAAUCGCAGGAGACAAGAGAGAUUCUGGUACUGUCGUCUGGCCUUGAACCACAAGGUUCUACACUACGGAGACCUGGAAGACAAUGCCCAGGGCGAAGUGACCUUCGAGUCGCUGCAGGAAAAAAUUCCUGUAGCAGACAUCAAGGCCGUCGUCACAGGGAAGGACUGUCCACACAUGAAGGAGAAAAGUGCACUGAAGCAGAACAAGGAAGUGUUGGAAUUGGCCUUCUCGAUAUUGUAUGAUCCUGAUGAGACACUGAACUUCAUUGCACCUAAUAAGUAUGAGUACUGUAUCUGGAUCGAUGGACUCAAUGCCCUCCUCGGGAAGGACAUGUCCAGUGAGCUAACCAAGAGUGACCUGGACACGCUGCUGAGCAUGGAAAUGAAGCUGAGACUCCUGGACCUGGAGAAUAUCCAGAUCCCUGAGGCCCCACCACCCAUCCCCAAGGAGCCCAGCAGCUACGACUUUGUCUAUCACUACGGUUGACACAGGCAGAACUGGACAGGGACAGGGAGGAAGGGACAGCUACUGCUGAAAAGAGCCUCAGAACCCUGGAGCUUGUUCUGAGAUUGACAUCAUGUUCUUUGUUUGUACAGGACCAGUUCUGAACAUGGCAACCAUUGAUCACUAAUCUCUCUAUGCCCCAGCCAUUCCAGUAGGCCUGCAGCUUCGUGUUUCACCACCUCGUUAUGGGGUGAGAGUCAUGAUGCUGGGGUGCCAUAUGGGGGAGGCACCCCAUUCUCUCAACAGCAACACUGCAUGGCACUGGGUGAGGAAUAUGCCUAGCAAGAGGAGGAGCUUCUGCCCUGGCCACAGGGUUGCCAUCCACCCUUGUAUCCCAGAACUGUUGAGUCUCCGUUUAAUCCCACCACCUACCAGAAAACACAAUAAAACCAUUGAGUGACUGACAGCUGCUGCAGCAGAAAAUGGUGCAAAGAGGGAGUCCCUUGGUCACUACAGGAGUGACACUGGUGCCUGAGGGAUGAGAGCAGAAGCCAAUGAACAGUUGGGGAUCAGCAUCCCCCAGUAACUCAUUAUUGUCUGAUUUUAUAUGAAUUACUAUAAUAUAAAUAAUAAUCCUUACCAUA